AUGUCUCUUCCAAAAAGUUACCAAGAAGCAAUCCUCAUAUGCCUGAAACUUGGCAUCGGUUUUAUAUGGAUUGACUCGCUUUGCAUAUUUCAGGAUUCUGGAGACGACUGGGAACGAGAGGCCAUAACCAUGCAACAUGUGUAUGGGAAUUCGUACCUCAACAUCUGUGCCGCGGCGGCCGCUGAUAGCACGGAGGAAAGCUUCAUUGGUAGAAGCAAAGGUAUUUUGGAAAUGCCCGAGGUUAGUACGACAUGGGAAAACAGUUCAAAGGAUAGUUUCUUUCUGCACUACGAUUCCAUGCUCCAUGAAGAUAUUGCGGAAAGUCCAUUGAGGCACCGAGGUUGGGUUUACCAAGAAUGGUAUCUCUCGCCUCGGUCCCUCAUCCUUUCACAGAACCAGCUAUGGUGGCAUUGUCGGCAUCUGGAAUCGUUUAUGUUAGGCAAGCCUGGUCCCUUGGUCACUUUGGAGUCUGCACCAGUUGCAUUGUCUGACAGCUACAUCAAUUCCGCUUCAAUCACAGACAGUGCCAUUGUAGUUCACGGCAAUAUCAUAGGGCCGGUGAGCUUUGAGGCGCAAGACGGUGCCAUCUAUCUCGUGGAUGAAUGCAAUGGGGAGAGAUUUGAAGAUCUAUACUUCGACGAGAAUGACGGAAACGGACCUUUAAUCACAAGCAUGGAUAGCCGGCCAUUUGAGAAGGGCAAAGGCGUAGUUGGAGAUGUUGUGAGGCAGAUGGAGCGUCUCAAUGACUGUGCGGGAUCUCUGUACAUUCUACCAAUCGCGCAGAUGCCUCCCAUUUGUGAGGUAUACAGUUUGAUCCUGUAUCAACCUCUCCACGAGUCGUCGGUUUUCUAUCGCGUGGGGCAAACUAUAUCAACCGAGUUGGUUGCCGCUCGCGGUUUCCAUUACCGAGUCACGCAUACUCCAGCUCUUGGGUCACUUGUUACCAUUCUGUAG